GAGAUGCUGAGUUGGCUUCCUGGAGACUGCAACCACAAGCCAGAAAACAAGAGCGAGAGAUUCUUGUGUGGGAGCCACACAGCAGAUAGAGAGAGAGCGAAGGAGUCUGGUUUUGGCCCUCCCUUCCCAGCUUACAAUGCAAUCACGCUGCAGCCUGUGCCAGUGACAGCGAUGGACAUGCUGUGGGUAUCCCUGUUGGCUGUUUUCCUGAUGGCGCCCAGACAAGUCCAGGCAAAUGCAACAUCUUCUGCCAUCCCCUGGAACAUCACGCAUAGUGGACAUGGAAACACGUCUGCAGAGCCAGGCCCCUCAGGAGAGGGAUCCGUCCGUUUGGUGAAUGGCAGCAGCCGCUGCAGUGGUGCCGUGGAGGUCCAUCAUCGUGGGCGGUGGAUGCCAGUCUGCCAGGAAAUGUGGGACAAGGAGGCCUCCCACGUGGUCUGCAGACAGCUGCACUGUGGGGAGGCAAAGGAGACAGCAGCUGAACCCACCCCCAGCCUUGUGUGCCCGCCCAGGUCAACACCCACAAAGGAAGCCACUCUGUCCUUUCAGAACCUCUGCCCUUCCCUGCACAUCCACUGUGCGGGUCUGGAGAGCACUUGGAAGCAGUGCAAUGUGUCAGAGCUGUGCUGUAAAGGGAAGCUGGCCAGCGUCACCUGCACAGGUUCCCAUUCUGUGCGCCUGGUUGGCGGGGGAAGUUGCUGUGAGGGCCGUGUGGAAGUCGAGGCGGACGGUGUAUGGGGCACAGUGUGUGACGACGCCUGGGACCUGGAUGAUGCCGGGGUGGUAUGUCAGCAGCUGAAAUGCGGCUGGGCCAUCCAGGCUCCAGUGGCCUCCUCCUUCCACAAAGGGAUGGGACCCAUCCACCUGGAUGAGGUGAGCUGUGCUGGGAACGAAUCCCAACUGUGGGACUGUCCGGCUAAGAGGAGCCAUGACUGCGGCCACAAGGAAGAUGCUGGUGUGGUGUGCUCAGAGCACCAGAAGUGGCGCCUGUCGGGGGGCAAGGAUGCCUGCGCCGGCCGCGUAGAAGUUUAUUACCGGGGCGUGUGGAACACGGUGUGCGACGGGAUCUGGUAUGAGGAGGAGAUGGGCGUGCUGUGCCGGUGGUUGGGGUGCAGCCCCUCUGGCAAGAAGCUGAGCUUCAACUACACACAAGAGGGCAGGAUGAGCUACCUGUGCUCAGGGACCGAGGCCUCACUGUCCUGGUGCCAAUGGCACUACAACAACUCUAAUCUGUGCCACCAGUCCCAGGCUGCCGGCGUGAUCUGCAACGGCUCACUGGGCUUGCUGAACAUGUCUGACGUGCUCCCCACGCAGAUGACGACUCCAGACUCCAGGAGAAACACAGCUGAGCCACUGUGCUGGGAAGCCAAGGCCCUCUCGAACUGGACUCUCCUCCUCCUCUGUGUCGUCCUGGGCCUUCUCCUCUUGGUCACCGUGCUGGCCUUCACCGCCGCCCUUCUGAGGAUGAGGAGGAAACACGCCCACGCAGUGUCCUCUUCCUCAUUAGCCACCCCAGUCCUGGUGAAUCAUAGUGCGCAGGGCCCAGAGACGCCUGCAGGGGGUGCCAAUGACUACAGGAAAGCCCCCUCCAAAGCAGAAGCAGAGCCGCUGGCCGUGCCUGCUCCUGGCUCCGAGGACUCCGAUUCCGACUAUGAACACUAUGAUUUCAGCAGCAAGCCACCUGUGGCACUCUCCACCUUCUACAAUUCGCUUCGGCACCGAGCAGCGGACGAGACCCUCCCCGCGGGCGGCUUCCCCCCAGCACCUGGCCAGGAGGUGCUGAAUGAGGGCCCGCAGCCCUGGGGCCAGCCACAGCAAAGGCCCUACGAGGAGCCCCCUGCUGAGUCCAGCUCAUCCUCAGAGGACAACUACUACAAUAGCGGCAACACCAGGCAGCAACAGUGGGGCAACCCAGCCCCUCCUCCCACCAGCUGCUUCUUAAUGCCAGCACCUCCUCCCCAUGGCAACAGCGGCUCCCAGCUCUCCUUCCAAGCAGGGCCCGAUGGAGCCGACAGCUCCAGCACCUCAUCCGGAGAAUGGUAUGAAAACUUCCACAGCACAGCACACCAGGGAGACCAGCCGGGGAACAUGCCGGAGUGGCCGGCUCUCUCCCAGCCGUUGGGGAGCUGUGAGCCUGGGAGAGACGACUCGGAAGGCAGCGAUUACGAUGAUGUCCAAGGCCUGGCGUACUAGGGCAGGGGCGUCACUGCAAAUCUGUGCCUCCAACCUGCCCUCCUGCCUUCAACACAGUGACAGCAAAUCAGUGGGUGAUACCUGACCCCUCACGUCGUUGCCCUGAAUGUGUUUGAUUAGCACAAGGUCAAGCAUGGGGGGAAGAUUUGUCAGCAGGUCCCAGAGCCAGCCCUGGACUAACCAGUAUUUCCCAGUGCAGACCCUGUGGCUCUGGAAGGGGCUGCACUCCUCUACCAACUGACAGCUCUGACCCUGAGAAAUCCACUGAGACUUCCCAAGAACAUCCCCUUCCCAGCCCAUGUUCUCCGCUAAUGCCCAGCUAGCCCUGACCACUCAGGCCCAUAAGUGAACCCCCAGUGUUUGGGGUGUGUCUGGAACUCCAUCCUCAGUGCUCAGGAUACAGGCCAAGCUCUCCAGGAUGGCUGCCAGGGCCAUAAGCUCUAUUCCCAGCCCGGAAAGGGGCUUGGACACAUGAUGAUGGGAGCAGCACAGAGACCUAGCUGGAGCCCUAGGGAUGGUAAGCUGGAGGUCAGAAGUCCUAGGGAAGCAGCCAGACUGCUUGGCUCCCUUUCCAACAGUGACUUAGGGGGCUGGGUUCAAUCCUUGGUAUGUAGAUUCCCCAUGGCAAUAACCAGUCCCCAGUGAUUAGCCUGCAGACAGGAACUAGGGUGCUCAGAUUCAAUGCACAGGAGGUAGCUCCUCCCUCAGGCCUUUGGCUUCAUCCCCACUGGGCAGAAGCAGCUAGGAGGGGAUAUUCCAUAGCUGGGUUCCAGCAAUGGCUAUCUCCUGUUGGGAGAGGGUCUGUACAUCACAGGCCAAGCUGCCUAUGAGAUCCAAGCCCCUGACUUUGAGGGGAAGGUCAGCCUGUGGUUGAGGCAGUGCCUGACACUCAGGAGGGCUGGUUUGCAUUCCCGGCCUUGCUGCUACCUCACUAUUGGAGUGCGGCCAAGUCACCUCCCCUGUCCCUCAGUUUCCCUGUUGGAGAUGGGGAUCAUGGUGCCCCGUGCAAGUCUGCAUUAAUGGAACGGCUUUGAGAUCCUGAGAUCUGAAGAACUGUGGGUGAUGGAUGAGGCCAUGGAAGAUGGUUCUUCCCUCUCCCCCAAGCAAGGGGCUGCUUGCAGUGCCAGCGGAUUCAUAGCUGCUGCCCAUGCUGUACCCACCUGCAAAGCUGUCACUGGAGAGAAAAGGCUGGCUCCAACCUUCUAGGAAGGCUAAGGCUUUUAGGGAUUUUUUUUCCCUUGGAAAGUGUAGGUGAAAACGGAAAAAAAAAAUAUUUCAUUGACAUUUUUCCCUGA